AUGCAACAGGCGGAGGAGAAGGUGCAGCUGGGAUGCGGAGUGCUCGGCGAUGGCACUAUAUUUUCCGUGGGAAUCCCACGCAGCGCAAGUGUGGCAGAUGUUCAGGAGGCGAUAUUCCACGAGAAAAGAUAUGGCGGUCGGUACUCUUUUUCUGCCAGCGACCUAACGCUCCGCUUGGCGCGAAAGGAGGACGAAGAAUGGCUACAGGGCAAUCAAGACGCGAUUCAUCUAUUGCAGUCCCGUCACAUUGAUGAAGAGUACAAGCAAAUGGUGCCGCUAUUCCCGCUCUUCAAGAAUGAAUCGGGCCAAGGAUACCUGGAAGCGGCGUUCAAGCCUGGAGUGGAGGAAAUCCACGUCUUGGUGGAGCUUCCUUUAGAUUGGGCCCCUUUGGUGCGCUCGAUAGAGAGAAAGAGCGUGCUACAUGAGGUUGAGGGCGAUCGGCGCGAGCUGGAGUACUACCAACAACAAGGCGCAAUGAUCCGAACCAACUGCAACGAAUACUGUUCGGAAAUCCUGCGCAAAAUUGACGAGAUCUACACCAGCCGCGAUUUUCCGCCUCCAUUCAUCUGUGUCAUGGCGUCGUCAGGCAUGGGAAAGACGCAACUUGCGUUUGCUAGAAGGCCGACGACCGUGGCCAUCUACAAGAGUUUCUCGUCGAUAUCUCGAGAAUUCAGCGCCUGCGUGGCAAUGGACGGCCUGAUGCAACGAGAGGAGGCGGACGUUCUGAACAGCUUCUCUGUAUUGUAUGAUGGUGUCAAGCUGUGGACGUACGGGUUUAUUCGCGCGUUGCUCGAGUACUGCAGCUCGGAAGAGCAACAGUGCUCUCGAAUGAUUCGUUUUGAUGAAAGCGUCACGCUCAAUGUGAGGAAGUGCUGCCAUUCUGAUGUCUACGAUGUUAUUGGCGAUUUGAAAGCCCAGAAGGUGCUACCGUUCUUCAUUUUGGAUGAAAUGACGACCAGAGAGAACAUCACGCGUGGAGGAGAGAUGAGAGCGGCUUUCCAACGCAAUAUCUUUCGUGCUUGCGGCCAAGCAGUGGUAAUCAUGGGCACCGACUCGAAGAUCGCACAGUUGAUGGCACCUCCAUCGGGGCACAGCUCAACCGGAAAGCCGAAACGGCAGACGAUUGUUCCUCGUUUUCCUCCCUACCACAUCAAGCUCCGCUCAGACAGCGAACGCCAAGCUUGGGAGGUUGCUGUGGAGCAAUACCCUGUUAUUGAAAGUAUAGCACGGCGAUCGUGUGGGAGGUUCGCCAGAUGUUUUCUGGAGGGGGUAGUGAAGUACGUGAUGAACUGUGACAAUUCUAGUGUCGUGCUGUUCGACCUGCUAGAUGAAGCAUUUGGUGCUGUUUACUUUAUGGCCACGCCCUACAUGAGCACAACCGAGGGGAGAAUCGCGCAGUUGAUGGCGAUAUCCGGCACCAAUGAUUCGAGAAAAUCCAUGGACAAGUGCUGCGGCCUGCCAUUCCAUAAACGGCAAAAGAUUGCAGUGGAAGAGGAAACGUCAAGUAUGGACGUGCAUUUCGCCAAUCUGGCAGACGAUCACCUCGCUGAUCUUUGUCAGGCUUAUCAGGCGAUCGCCUGUGUUUUGCUGACCAUGCUGGUGUAUUCGGGCUAUUACGACUGUGAACACGGGGUCGCUUAUUCAACCAAGAGCAUAUUCUUGGAGUACCUGGACAGAAAGGGGUUUCCUGUCGAUGAAAGCUUGGAAGCUGCGUCUGGCGAUGGUAAGAGGUUCGAGAACAUGAUCACCAACGCGAUCGUCGGUGCCUCUCGCAGAAAUGGCGUACGGGGAAUUCCGUUCGAUGAUUUCAUCGGUUGGCUGCUCGGUGAAUUUCAAGACAGGUCUACGAAGAUGGCGAUGACGAUUCGUGGUGAUUCGGAUGGCGACUUAGAUGAAACGAUUGAGGCGAGCGAUUUAUUCGACGAAUGCCCAGGCUUGGACAGAAUGGCACAUGUGAAGAUUCCUUUUCUGGCUCCACCGAAUGCUGUGUGGCCCCAAUGCAUUUUGGCGGCGAAUGACCAAGGCUGCAACUUUAGACAUCUUGUUCGUACUCCCAACGCAGAGAUUUAUAUCCAAGACCCGGACAGUGAAUCUGACGCUACAACAGCGCUUUUGCUUUGCGAGUGUAAACAUUGGGGGAGAAACCUGGACAUGGAUGCCAUGCAUGAUAUCAUUGGUGGGUUAGGUGACGUAUGGAUCAAUGCGUCGGUCGUGCUGUUUUUUUGCGAGAGGCUAGUGAUGCUCGGUGAAGAAUGGGGGCAUAGCAAUGUUGUCUGCGUCAGGAUUGAUUGCCAGAGUGGCCAUGCCGAAUGGGUUUUCCAGCCAGUCGAAGGUAGCCGAGAAAAAAUGGUCAUCGUUAUGGAGACGAGAAAUGUUGGCCUUCCUGCGCGGAAGAGCUCGAGUUCUGACGAGCUGAAUAGGAACUUGACUGAUCUCUAG